AUGUCUGAAGAAACAAUUUCAAACCCAACAAUCAAAAUUGAGCCAAAGGAAUAUCCUCCAGUUAAACAAGAACUUGAUGACAACGAUAUUACUCCAGAAACAUUUUUAGAAAAUGAGGUAAUAUAUUUACAUCAGUCAUCAUCAGAAAAAAUAAAACAAGAAACAAUUGAUGAUCAAGAUGAAACAAGUUUCGACGAGGGAUCUUAUAUGGAAAACGAAGGAAUAUAUCAACAGCGAUUUUUAGAUUCUGAAGUCACUAUAGAUGAAGAAAUAAAGAAAGAAACGAUUGAUGAUCCAGAUGAAUCACAUUUUGAUGAGUAUUCUUAUACGGAAAACGAAGAAAUAUGUCUACAGCAAUUUUUAAAAUCUGAAGUAACAUUUGAGGAAGAAGUAAAGCAUGAACUGAUUGAUGAGCAUGUUGCAGACACUAGUAAGAACAAAAACAAUGUCAGACAGUCAAGUGAUUUAGCGGAUAAUACAAGUGAAUGCAAUAAAUCAGUUAAAAAAGUAGUAGGAAAACUUAAAACUACCCUAAACUUGAAACAACCCUUGGAAUGUAAAACUUGCAAUAAAAGUUUCUCAACAAUUAUCACCUUACGUCGACAUAAAAUUAUUCAUACAGGAGAACGACCUUACAAAUGUGAAACAUGUAAUAAAGCAUUUACAACAAAUUGGAAUUUAGGUCAACAUAAAAAGGUUCAUACGGAAGAACGUCAUCACAAAUGUGAACUAUGUAAUAAAGCAUUUAAAACAAAUAGUAAUUUAAGUCAACACAAAAAAUAUCAUACAAGAGAACGGCUAUACGAAUGUGAAAUAUGUAAUAAAGCAUUUAUAACAAAUGGUGCACUAAUUCGAUGCAUACAGGAGAACGUCCUUACAAAUGUGAAAUAUGUAAUAAAGCAUUUAUAA